GACGCCGUGCUUCGACGUGGGAAUAACAACAACUGGCCAUGCUUUAUCAUCAUAUUCUCCGAACAUGCUUGAUACCUAGCCGAACGGCGGUCCAUUUCGGAGGAUUGCAACUUGUUUGCAGAGUCCAGAGAGCUCUGUGUACCGGAAGUGACGAAGUACGACUGGCGGAAGUGGCCAGUCAGAAAUAUGGCCGCCCAGCUGCUACAAUCUUCUCCAAAGUGAUUGACAAAAGCCUCCCCGCAGAUAUCAUAUAUGAGGACGACAAGUGUUUGGCUUUUAGGGACAUCAGUCCACAGGCUCCUGUUCAUUUCCUUGUUAUCCCAAAGAUGCUCAUUCCCAGGAUAAGUCAAGCCAGUGAUGAUGACGCUGAGCUCUUGGGGCAUUUACUGGUCGUGGCCAAGAAGGUGGCGAAGCAGGAAGCUCUGACAGAAGGUUAUCGAGUGGUCAUCAACGAUGGCAAACAUGGUGCUCAGUCCGUCUACCAUCUUCACCUGCACGUGUUGGGAGGCAGACAGAUGGCAUGGCCGCCAGGAUAAAUGCUUCCAUCCAUACAUCCAAACUUACAUAUAUGCAUACAUUACUGGGACAUGUUGACAACAUGCAUUGUGAGUAUAUUUUCUCUACUUAUGUCAGCUAAAUAUCAAAAAUAAAAUAGAUUAAAAACCCUUACAAAAUGUUGGCUCAAAUCUAAUAAUAUUUCACAAGAUAUCUUCUACACACAUAAAUAGUAAAUGAGUAAUUUAUUUAAACACAAGUUGCAAGUGCAAAAUAGUCUUCGACAAAACGUUUCCUGUUUCCUUGUACUAAAGUUGACAUUGAUUCGCGGCUUCAACAAUCAUUGACACAACUGCAGUGUUAUGUGCGGUCAUGUGUGGUUUGCGCGUGUGUGUGUGUGUGUCUCCACGUGUGUCUCUUAAUUACGGAAAUAAAAUUUACGGUGAAAGAA